UCGCUUCUGUCCUGGUGGGCUCUGUACGCGUUCGGUGCUUACUCACUGUAUCUGACAGUCUGUACUACUGCCCCUUCCCUGUUCCCAGGGGGAGGGACAUGAGUGUCCCUGGGCUGCCUUCCCUGGACGGGGUCCUGGCAGGGCCACCCGACGGCCUGGAGGCCGGGGGCCCGACGCCGGGUUUAAGUGACACUUCUCCAGAUGAAGGGUUAAUAGAGGACUUGACCAUAGAAGACAAAGCUGUGGAGCAACUGGCAGAAGGCUUGCUUUCUCACUACUUGCCAGAUCUGCAGAGAUCAAAACAAGCUCUCCAGGAACUCACACAGAACCAAGUUGUAUUAUUAGACACACUGGAACAAGAGAUUUCGAAAUUUAAAGAAUGUCAUUCUAUGUUGGAUAUUAAUGCUUUGUUCACUGAAGCUAAACACUAUCAUGCCAAGUUGGUGAAUAUAAGAAAGGAGAUGCUGAUGCUUCAUGAAAAGACAUCAAAGUUAAAAAAAAGAGCACUUAAACUGCAGCAGAAGAGGCAAAAAGAAGAGUUGGAAAGGGAGCAGCAACGAGAGAAGGAAUUUGAAAGAGAAAAGCAGUUAACUGCCAAACCAGCUAAAAGGAUGUGAGAAGUUGGAUGUUUGUGUCCUUCCUUCCCCUGUUGAUGUUCUGGAUUUAAGAUGACCCAGUGUAGACUGAAGUUAAGGUAGUGCCUUAUACCGUUGUGUUAUGCUUUGAAAUCCUUUUCCCACGAGUGCUCUCUAUCUUCAUUUCAGCCAUUCAAGAAGCUUUUUUUCCUGAAUAGAAGACAUAAUAUCACUUGGUUUGGAUAUUUUGUAUGUAAUUUUUCAACUUUGUUUUGCUUUUUAAAAUUCAUUAUUUUGGCCUUAAGUCAUUUAUAAACUGGAAAAUGGUUUGUUUUAAUAGUCUAGACUAUAUGUGGUUAAAAAUUAGUAUGAAUUAUUUAGCUUCUUAAUAAGUGUGGAUUUAAAAGUUUCAGUUUCUUAUUUUAUGAAAUGAAUUGCCUUUCUGGCAAUACAGUGCUGGGUUUUGGCAGUUGCCUUUUCAUUGUUUGGUUAAGAAGAAUUGCCAGCUGUUUAAUCUCAUAUGCCACUGGAAAAGAGGUGGUAUAAGCCUUUGUGAAGAACAUGAUAGAAAAGUGUGUACACAGGAAAUAGUAGCAUCUUAGACAUAGGAUAGGUGAGCAAGAUGCCAUGUAGAUUCCACUAACCAUAUACUAUAUCUGCUUCCUAGCUUUGUUGUUGCUGUUUUUUCCUUAUGUUGCUUCUGGGUUCAAAGUAGAUUAUAUCUAUUCCUAAAGUUUGGCGGGGGUGGUGUAGCUUUCACACACUCAAAUGUGUUUAAAUAUUUAUAAUUCUUAGUAACAGUCAUCACACACUGUGAGAUACAGUUGUCAAGCUGAUAAGAUAAUGAACCCAGCUUUCCAAGUGGAAAGUCUUACUGCUAGUUCUAGCUAUCCUCUGAUUUGCUGUGUGGUCUUAACAUGUGGUUACUUUUUCUGUGCUUUUAUAAAAAAUUCUUAAAGUAGAAUGAUACAUACCAACUACCCAUUUUAUAGAUAAUGACAAGAAUGGUGGAAAAUUAGUAAAUAGCUUCUUCACAAAAGAGGCAGCAUGAUACCUUUAGUGUUUUCUAGAUCCCCCCUCCCCCAGUAUUACAUGUAGAAAUUUAUUAUGUGAGGGAAAUAUUAUGAAGUUUCAUUGUUUUAAAUUGAGAGUGUAUUAUUCACUGUUUUAGUAUUAUUUAACAUCCAUGAUGUCCAAUCUCUAUUACAUAGAGACUGUACAGAUUAGAUUACAGAUUAUGAUUAGAAUGUGUAUCUUUUAUAAUCUACGUUACAUUUGGUAAGCUGGAAUCACUCACUACCUCUGAUCACAUAUCAGGCUAACCAAUGAUGGAGAAAGCAUUAGAUUUACGUCGAGUGCUAAGAACUGGUUUGUUUAAAGGUUUAAAAAAUUUGUUUGAAAACCUUUCCCUUCUUUAGUGAGUGAAUUAUGAUCUCACAGUUCUCUUGGUUUUGACCUUAUGUUUAAGAGUAUAAAUAUAUUUUAUUUUUAAAGGCUAUGUGUUGCCCUCAAACACUGGCUAAAACUCCUAGGGCAGGAUCAUUAGUACUGGCAGGACAGUGUCAUCUAAACUGCUGAAUGUACUCACUUAUAACCUGACAAAGGCUGUGCAUUGUUUCUUAGAGUGAUUUGUGGUGGCCAGCCGCAAUGACUGUUUAAAAUGCUGGUUCCUGGACACCACUCUCAAUCUACUGAAGCAAAUCUGUUUGUUUUUCUCUUUUUUUCCUUUUAAAAAAGUUUCCUCAAGUGAUUCUGAUGUACCUUAUAAGUUGAGAACCGCUGGUCUAGUGAUCUAGGUCAGAGGUUUCCACACUGGGCUGCAUAUUAGCACCUGGAAACUUAAAAAAUAUAUACUCUUGAAGAUUUUUACUCAUUAGUUCUUAGGUAGGGCCCAUCCACAUUUUAAAGAGCCCCCCAGAUAAGUCCAAUGCAAGGAACCACUGGUCUAGACUUUCUAGUGAUUUCUAUUUAUAAGGAGUGAAAUAGUUUGAAAGCUACCCAGUAACUCUUGGGAUUAAUCUUAUGAAAUAAAUUCUUAAACUGCUGCUUUUGAUAUAAAGUCAGAUUUAAGACUGAAAUAAAUAGCAGGCCAGAAAUAGGUAUAGAAUUCUGGUUAAUUGAACUUUUGUGACCUAUAUUUAAAUAAAUCAUGUUUAUUGAAUGAAUGGCAAGGCACAUGUACUUUUAGAAAUGUAUUACUUACAUUUUGAAGAUUUUUUAAAGUGUCAAGAAUAUAUAUUAGGAUCCACUAUUUUUAGGUCAAUUGUAAAUCAGAAGUACUGUUACUUUGGUAAUUAAAAUCUAAAACUUUAGCUGUAUCUCAGUAGCGUACAAACAUAUCGUACUGACUAAAACUGAACAGAACCCUUAUAAUUAGUCUUGCUGUAUUUUUGCACAAAAUUAUGAAUUGGUACUUGAGUUGAAAAAAAUUGCCUAUGGUGUUUUGGUUGAAAAAAAUUGCCUUUGUUUUGAAACUAUAUCAUAUAUAUACUGAACUAAAGUGAUGGGAGUUAAUUUUGUAUUUACUUUGUAGGAGGUAUCAUGUAAAUAUGCAGACGUUGAAUGUAGUAUGGAUUGUGUCCACAGUGAAUUUUUGGGUGGAUACAGUUUAUAAAUAUGCCAAUUAUAUACCCUCAUAUACUUGUCUGAUUUUGAGCUUGUAAAAUGAGGACUCCUUUUUACACAUUUAAUAAAGAAAAGAAAGGUCUAUGAAUUAUCCAGUAU